CACAUGUUUCUAUAUGUCAUAUGCGGUCUACCUCACACUUUUUAUCUACUAAUGAUCAUUUUCAACGAUUUAACGGCCAUGACGAUUAAACUUUAUCUUACGAUGUAAUUUCUAAAUCAAUAAUAAAAUACCUGCUAUAAUAAAACUUGGAUCCUGCCAUAAUCGUGACUGUAGUGGUAAACGUAUAAGAUAAUCAGUUUAGUUUGUGCUGUAACACCUACGUGAUCCGUUAUUCUACAGUUUAUUUACUGCACUUUAAACAUUAUGUUAGCCAAACAUUUCAAUGUAAUUAUCCAAUCAGAGGAAAAUACCAUAGCUUUUUUGAAGGAAAAAGGAUUUAUUGAAACCGAUAAUCAUCCUUGUGUACACUGUGGUUCGCCAACCAAAUACUAUACUCGCAAAGAACGGGGAAAAGAACUAACUGUGAUACGAUGCACUAACAAAGGUUGCCAAAGAACUCAAUCCGUCCGAAAAGGUAACACUUUUUUCACGUACAAAGAUAAAAAUGGUCGAUGUAAUAGUGGGUUAUCGUUGUCAGAUAUUUUAGAAUUAGCUUAUUAUUGGUGUCUUGAAAUAAUACCACAAAAUACCAUGAUAAAAUUAACAGGAUGAAGAAGUCAUACAGUGCACGACUGGAUGAAUUUAUGUCGUGA